CCUUGUACUACUUUACAGCAAAGUUAUCCGGAAAUUAUCAAAGGUAAAUUGAAGUGAGUGAGUCCCUCUUUUCUCUCGUUAUACUUGAUGAAACUGCAGAUGAAAUGGAAAUAACUGUGAUACACUUCAUCAUACUGGGAGUCAUCACAGGUUUAACCAAAGGAGCUGGUUUGUUACCAGACGGUCCUCUGAAUGCAGCUGUGGGAGGGACGGUGAUGUUCACCACAACACUGACUCCAGCAGAGAAACCCUUUAUAUCAGUGGGCUGGAACUUUGGUGACAGAAACAUAAUCAGUUCAAAUGUUGGAAACGUAACUGGACCAGAGUAUGAAGGCAGGAUCACCUAUUUCACAUCUACUGCAUCUCUGGAAAUCAGGAAUCUGACUCUUAAUGACAGUGGAGAAUACAGAGUUACCGUUACACCACAGGGAGAAGCACAAAAGCAUGGAACCACCAGACUGUCUGUACAUGAGACAGUUUCUAAUGUAAUAGUAAAUGCCAGCAGCACAGACUUAGUGGAGUUCAGCAGCUCUGUCCGUCUGUCCUGCUCCUCCUCUGGAUCCUCCCUCUCUUUCUUCUGGCUGAACGGCAGCUCUGAGGUUACAGCCAGCGACAGAGUUCAGCUCACUGAUGGAGGCUCCACUCUCACUAUAGUCAAUGUGACCCGCUAUGACCAGGGACCAUUCAGGUGUCGUGUGUUCAAUCCUGUCAGUAACGGCACCAGUGAUCCAGUAAACCUGGUCAUCAUCUAUGGCCCAGAAAAUAUUUAUUUGACGAUAUCUCCAACACAAGGAUACUUUGAGGAAGGAUCAAACAUCAGUCUGUCCUGUUCAGCUGUCUCCAGACCCUCUGCCUUGUUUAACUGGUUUCUAAAUGGAGACCUGCUUUCUGAUACUGGACCAGAGCUCACACUGAUAAACAUUCAGAUGAGUCACAGUGGUAACUACAGCUGCCAGGCCUUUAACAAAAAAAACCUGAGAUAUCAAACUUCUCAGCCAUCAGUUGUCUCUGUACUGGAGAGAAUAUCAGGUGCUUCUGUCAAAUCAUCAACAAACAUGCCGAUUGAGGGGAGCUCUGUCAACCUAACCUGUGACGCAGCUGGCGCUGUGUUUACCAGAAAGUGGGUGAAGGACGGCUCAAAUCUGACUCUGACUGACAACAUGAUACUUCACGAUAACAACAGAGUGCUGUCUUUUAUCAGUCUGAAUAAAAAAGACAGUGGAGAAUAUUCCUGUAAAAUCAGCAACCCAAUCAACACUGAGGAAGCUACAUACACCGUGGUUGUUAACUAUGGACCAGAAAAUGUUCAAAUCACAGGUCCAAAUGAGAUCCAUAUUGAACAGACCUUAACAUUAACCUGCUCUGCUGAGUCCACACCAUCUGCUAGUUACACCUGGACACUGAAUGGGAUACACACUGAGAUACACAACUCUUCUGUGUUUGCUAAAGACAUCACUGAACUUUCUGACAGUGGCAACUACAUCUGCGAAGCAAUGAAUAAUGUAACUGGAAAAACAUCAUCAUCAGCGGUCCACCAGUUGUCUGUAACAGCUGUCAAAACUUCACCCUGUUCGGCUGGUUGCAUCGCUGGAUUAGUAAUCGCAUGUUUGGUCAUCUGUGGAGCAGGUUUUGGUGGAGGAUACUACAUAUAUAAAAAAAGAAUCAACAACAAACCUCAGGCACAUGAUACAAAACGAGAAGGACACUGAGAACACUUCAGAGGUAUAUGAGAACAUAUAAACUGUCUUUUAAGAUGAUCAGAAAAGAAGAGACACCAAUGUUGUUGUUUUGUUUUAGAAUUCAUACUGUUUCUUCUGUGUUUGGGUUAUGUUUCUUUUAGAUAAAUAAUUUACAACACAGCAAAACGUAACAGUAACAGAAUUACCAGUGUAUUUCAAAGUCUUGUUGACAGACACAUAAAUGUGCUUAAAGUUGAAUUAAGUGACUGUUUGGACACUUGUAGGCAGAAGAGCACCACAACAUAAUGACACAUAGCAGCCCUGAUAUAUUAUCACAUUAUUGUUUUUGAUAGCUAAUGUGUUGUUUUUUUAUAGCUAAUGUGUUAGCAAACAUUUGCCAUUUAUCCAUAUGUACAGUAUAACAGUAGCAUUUCCUCUGCUUUUCUGGCCACUUGUUGAAUUAAAUAUUCCUUCUCAUUUUAGCAGGUAGCAAAUGCAUUGGGUUUGUCAGAGUAAUCUGCCGUAAACAGUGUUUAUGAGAGUGAAAUGUCUUCAAACCCAAAACAAAGAGUGUAAAUACAGUAAAAAGCUCCAGUAAGCUGUAGUGCUGGGUGAUGAUUCACCCUGAGUCCUUUUACAUUUAAAACAUAAUAUAUUUA